CAUUUAAAAUUUUUACUUUUAACAGAAAUUAGCAGAGUACGGAAAGACAUGUACAAUGACACAUUAAAUGGCAGUACAGAGAAAAGGAGUGCAGAAUUGCCUGAUGCUGUGGGACCUAUUGUUCAGUUACAAGAGAAACUUUAUGUGCCUGUUAAAGAAUACCCAGAUUUUAAUUUUGUAGGGAGAAUCCUUGGACCGAGAGGACUUACAGCUAAACAGCUUGAAGCAGAAACUGGAUGUAAAAUAAUGGUCCGAGGCAAAGGCUCAAUGAGGGAUAAAAAGAAGGAGGAGCAAAAUAGAGGCAAGCCCAAUUGGGAGCAUCUAAAUGAAGAUUUACAUGUACUAAUCACUGUGGAAGAUGCUCAGAACAGAGCAGAGAUCAAACUGAAGCGAGCAGUUGAAGAAGUGAAGAAAUUACUGGUACCUGCAGCAGAAGGAGAAGACAGCUUGAAGAAGAUGCAGCUGAUGGAGCUUGCAAUUCUGAAUGGCACCUACAGAGAUGCCAACAUUAAAUCACCAGCCCUUGCCUUUUCUCUUGCAGCAACAGCCCAGGCAGCUCCAAGGAUCAUUACUGGGCCUGCACCUGUCCUUCCACCAGCUGCCCUUCGUACUCCCACGCCAGCUGGUCCUACCAUAAUGCCUUUGAUCAGACAAAUACAGACCGCUGUCAUGCCAAACGGAACUCCUCACCCCACUGCUGCAAUAGUCCCUCCAGGGCCCGAGGCUGGGUUAAUCUACACACCUUAUGAAUACCCCUACACGUUGGCACCAGCUACAUCGAUCCUUGAGUACCCUAUUGAACCCAGUGGUGUAUUAGGUGCGGUGGCUACUAAAGUUCGAAGGCACGAUAUGCGUGUCCAUCCUUACCAAAGGAUUGUGACCGCAGACCGAGGUUAGUUUAGUUCUGCAGUUCUUGUUUAUAAGAAAUACGUUGGGUGUCCAUAAAAUUUGCAACACCACACCUGAUGGAAAUGUAACUGCUUACCUGCACACUGUUUCCUUUCCUUUUCUAAACUCAUUUGUAAUGAUUGACAGGAUUAAGGGUUGGGGUUGGUUUUUGUUUGUUUGUUUGUUUUGUUUUUUGGGGUUUUUUUGGUUUAAUUUUUCCUCCCUUCGUAUUUUAACUUAUUAAAUUGUCUAUUAUGUACUCUGAUUUAUUCCUACUAAAACAUAAAUCAGUUGUUUGGGGGAGCUAUUAAAUUUUUUUAUGUUGCCUUAACUAUUUUUUCCUGAAUAACUUUUGCUAAAACUUUCCUCUUAUUGUUCUAAAAUUUUGGGUUGGUAUUGCAAAAUGAAUUGAAUGGAUGGUGCUUUAAUGAGAGGAGUAAAGGAAUAUAUGCCUCCUGUGUACUUUGGGAGAAAACUGAAGAUUUAGUUUCCAUUUUUUUCUUUAUCAUAAAACAUUUUAGCCACUGUAUAAACAUGAGGGUCUACAUGUCACAUAAUUAGCUGAAAUCCACUAAGUCAGGACUGUGAAGAUAUUUUUCAUGUAGUGGAUUUUUUAAAAUAUAAAUUUAAAAAAUCAGUUCCCUAUUAUUCUUAUAUUCUCUUGCCAAAAUGAAUCCCCUUGAUUUUUGUCAUUUGCUGCUAAAAUACAUUAUCUGAAGGUAUACUCUCUCCUGAAGUUCUGUGGUAUAUGGGAUCGAGCUGUUUUGGAUAUCCUUUUUGACUAACCUGUGACUGGAAAAUAAGUCUUCAUUUUUCUCCUUUUCAACAUUUGUAAUUUGUGUCCUAUAUAUGCCCUUGGACCCUUUUAUAAAUUAUUAGUACUUUUGAGGGGAAGUAUUUUUGGUUUAUUGACAUUGAAUUGUUUUCUAAAUUUUUUCACCACAGGAAUCCCAAGCAUGGUAGCAAAGGAUUUCAAAAAGUCUUAUUAUGGCACAUUUAUUACCUAGUGAUUAAAUUGGUCAAAGACUCUAAUUUUAGUGGGGGGAAUACUAGUAGAUUUUUCUCUCCAUUUGUACAUUUUCUGUGAAUUUAUGAAAGACUUAUCUGGUUCAAAUGGUUCCUUGAAUACUCUUGAUAAAUACUGGACACAGCUCUUGUCCAGAUUUAGAAAGAAAAUGCCUUUUCAAAGACAUUGGUAAUAUUUAUUUAGCAUCAUACAUAAUUAAAGAGCCUUGAAGACUUUUAACUACUAUAUACAUUAUUUGUAGUGACUUUUCCAUGAAAAGAUUCAACCCGAAGCUCAGUGUUUGUCCAUGAAAGUAGUUCUUCUUGAAAGUGUACCAUACUCCAACAUAGGUACCUCCCUUCCUACAUCAGAGCAACUUUUCUAGGGAUGGAAAAAUAAGGGAUAGCAGUACGGGGAAAGUCACUAUAGUUUUAAAGAAACAGAGUCCCAUGAAUAAUCUCAUGAAUAAUUUGAAGCUUUAGUCAUAUUGCUAAUGUCUAAAAAGUAUUUGAAAGUAGUUUUGCUUCUGAUAAAUUUUUUUUCCCUGUAUCUGCCCCCUUCAAGAGAUUCCUUAUAAUUUUGUUUUAACACAGUAAUUAUUGAUUGACUAAAUACUCCAGUGCCUUUGGAUAGUUGAAAAUAUUAGAGGAAGAUUUUACUGCAUUUGGAAAAUGUCAAUACAUUCCAUGCAUGGCAUUUUUGUAGUUACAUGUGUUUGGAUUAGUUAUAUCACAGUUUUUAUUCAAAAUGCAAUGUCAGCAAACCGAAAUGCUUUUUUUUUUCCUUCCCAAAGUAACAGUAUACUCGUUACUAUCACCAUAUGCACUCAUUGGGUCUAAGGGAGAUGUCUGAAGUCCUUUCAUUUAAAUUAUUUUAUGAUACUACUGUUUUCUCUAUUUUUGAGGUUUCUACUUAUUUUUUAAAAUCUUUUGAAGAGAAAAUUAUUAUACUCAUCUGAUGCAAGGAAAAAGCCCUUGGACAUAUAACCAUGUAAUUCUAUGUAAUCAAUUAGAGUACUACAUGGUUGAUAAAUACCUAGUUCUUUACUAAAAAUAAACCCACCUCUAAACAUUUCAACACUGAAUUUGAAGCUUUUAAAAGGCCAACUGACUCUUUAGUUGUAAUAAACUACAAUGGUUUUGCACAGUUGACAUACCUGUGUGUACUGUAGGUGGCCACGACUUGGCAGAGGAUAUAUUCUAGGUGUACUGUUAUAUAUAAAUGGUAGUUUGCUUUGUUUAUAUAUUCCACACUUAAAGAAGCAUAAUAAAUUUUUCUGAGUAAUGAUUUUAUAAAAACCAUUACUUAAAUAAUUUGUAUGAGAAACUUGAACAAUUUUAAUCAAAAUUUUAAUAUCAGAAUGCUUUAAUAAUCCAUAUUUUGGAACACCUGUGAAGAAGUAGUAUGGCUAUAUCAUGUUAAAUAUUUAUUUUGUCCUUUCAUUUUGAACAGCAUUUUUUAAUUUAAAUAAAGUUCUACUUCUUUUUAAGACGUUCAGGGAAGAUUUGGACACAUUGAAGAUACAGUAUUUUUGUGGUAUUUAUACACUAUUCUCAGUAGUAGACUGUAGAAAGCAUUUUCAUCAGAUGAAGGUAAUAAAUCAGUCCAUCAUGUAGAUCAUUUAAACUUUGAACUUUACACCUACUGAGUUUUGACUUUGAAGUCGCACAGAAUCUUAACUUUGCACUGAGUAUCUUUUCAUUCAUAUCUCCUCUGCCCUAGUCACAAAUGGCAACAGUACAGAAAAUUCUAUCAAACCUCAGAAUAUAGUAGAAAUAAUUAAGCUGUUGAAUGAGUCUUAAAAAUUAUACUACUGUUAAGUGGACCAAGUUUGGUGAAGCAGAAUGUGACAGAGGUUGAUUAAGGAAGGAACAACUCAAGGACAUUGGGAAUGAUAACUUUUCCACUUGAGAACUACUUUGUUUUACUGUAAUUUUUUAAAUUUUUUGUUCUUUUUGUUAUUUUGCAAAAGAAAAUAGUAUUUACAGGUGGCUUCUUUUAAACUAUAAAAUAUAAAGCAGGAAUGUAUAUGAAAUGUCAGAUUUUAUUGUAUUUGCAGAGUAUUAGCUUUGAAAUUGAAUAAAGAAAGCUGUUUGUAGUUUUAAAAUGCCUUAUUGGUAUCAAUUAGAAAUUUCUUCUAUUUUUUGAUGUACUUAGAGCUCUUUUGAGGUAUAGAAUUUUAAAUGGCAGGAUUUUACAGUGUUUACAUGCAAGUACAUUUUAUAAGUGUUCUAUAUGUGUAAAAUAGUAUUUUCAACUGGAAAGUGUUGGCCAGUGCAAAAAGACCUGGCCUUUUUCUAGUUCCCAUGUCGUUGCCUACACUGCUAGACUACAGUUUUGCUUUGUAUCAUGAGGCCAAGAAACUCCAUGUUGUUUGUAAAUAGAAUAAUUGAAAAAGCAAUAAACAUUUAUUGAACAAAAGAAA